AUGGGUCGACCUGACAAUCUCCGCGAUGUAGAAUCGCAUAUAGACGAGGAUAGCUCGGACGAUCUUACAUGGGUCGCGGUGUUAAAAUGGUUUGCCAUCACUUACGCAUGCAUCCUGGUAGUGCUUAUCGGUCUAUGCCUUCGCUGUCCAUCGCUAUUCGAGACAGGAUUGCUUUCCUUCCUGUCUCUACGAGGAUUGAAAGCUCCUUUCUAUGCAUAUUCCCCUGGGACCGGAUACUUUGACAAACCAGCGGGAAUUGAGAUCGUCGCCCUCGUGCCAUUUAAGCAUCACGAGCAAACAUCGAUCCUGGACUGUUAUCUGCAGAGAAACCUAGUCUUCAAUCAUGGAUUUCUCGACAGAGUGACCUUCGUUUCGCAGACUAACGACACACGAAGCCUGGAAUGGCUGACCUCGACAGUCGAAGAUACAGCUGCUUAUCGCAUCAGCACAACACAAGACGCACUGGACCAGACGCAUUUAAAUAAGGAAACACUCUUUAUAUGGCUCGAUGGUGACACCGUCUUCCUCGAAGACCAGACUAUCCCAACAAUUGUGAAAACAAAGCUUGAUCAUCCAAAUUCAUUGGCUGUCGCAGCAAAUGUCGUCAACCAAGCAGCUCUCGCCGCACUUCAUAGUCAUUCUGGAAUUACCUUACCCUACCUUCCAGAGAUCGAUGCCACUUCAGCGAUUGCUCAGCUUUCUCCUGAGGAAACCCAGGAUUGGCAUGCAUCCAAACUUCCUCGGUGGAGCGGUCCAAAUGACUUCAAUAUUCGGGAGGGAUUCCCUACGCCUGCCCACAAACAUCGCUGGCUUCUCUCGGAUGAAAACCAGGUUGAGCGGACUCCCAUAAGUGCAUCCAUGUAUACGACCGAGGGGCCAAGCUUCGGUCAUUGGACGGUGAAAGCUCAGCAGCAUUACUCUUUUCUGCACCACCUUGAACUAGAUGAUAUCUACCACUACAAAUUUCCCAGCUGGAGUAACCCAGCCGAGUCUGUUAGUCGGAAUCUUUUGUGCUUCUGGGAAGCCGAUGCAAGUGCUGUGCAAUUCCACAUUUUGGAAAAUGAUUCUCAGAUCCCAUUCCGGUCGAAGGAAAGUACUGGAGGUCACGCCAGAGAUAUUAUCAUCGAUGGCAAGGGUCUGGCGGCACAUUAUUCAUCAGAUGGGGAAGCAGAGGGAUUGGAGUCCACCGAUAUCCUCCAGCGGUAUGGGGCAUAUGCUAGAGAAAUGGCCUGUCUUGACACCUUUUGA